AUGCUCUUCGGAUUUUGAAUCCGACAGUGACGACGAACGCGACCUGAACGCAGAAUCAAUCGAACGCGAGGCGGCAUCGUUGGCCAGAGAAGAACGUCAAUUGGAGUAUCUUUAUAGAUCUAUCGAUUUGCAAGCGGUAGAUGAAGAUGUUGAAGUACUUCAGACAAUCAAGGAAACAGAAGACAAAAUGCUUCAAUUGAAAGAAGACAUUGAAAAAGAUACAUGUGAAAGGGACACUUUGGAGUCUGAGCGUUAUGAAAAGUUUCUGUCUGCAAUGAGAAUGGUUAACACAAGGUUCUGGCCCUCGCACAGCAAUGAAGUUCAAUUCUGCUUGCGUAUGUAUUUGAGAUGCAAAACUGGACCUUCAUAA